AUGAUAAAAAUUAAAGCAAAAAUUGUACAACCAAAUGGCAAAGUAGAUGAAAAAGAUUUUGUAGGCCCAGUAAAUAAUUUUUUACAUUCAAUGUUUAAUCAAGUAGAUGUGUUUUUCAAUCAAAAAAUGAUUUCCCCGCCCAAUAAUGCCUACGCUUAUCGGGCUUACAUGGAAACACUUUUAAAUUAUGGAGUUGACGCGAAGAAAAGUCAUCUAAAAAUGUCUUUAUGGUCUAUGGAUACCCGGGGUCACAUGGAUGCUGUAGUAGCACAAGAAAAUACUGGUCUAGAUGAACGUAUCGCUUAUUCGUCUAAAGGAAAAGAGUUUGAACUGAUGGGAAAUUUACAUUGCGAUGUUUUUAAUCAAGAUAAAUUUUUACUUAAUGGAGUCGAAAUGAGAAUUUGA